AUGGGAAGUCUUGGUUCAGUCGAUGUCGAGGCAGAUAUCGCCAUCCCCAUCAUCGACCUCGGGCCCAUCCGUUUUGGCACACCGGACGAAGCUCUGGCAACAGGCAAGCAAGUAUACGAAGCCUUUCGAGAUGUUGGCUUCGCGUAUAUACGCAACCACGGCGUGCCUCAGGAGAAGAUAGAUGAAGCCUUCAAGUGGAGUGCUAAGUUCUUUGAGCUACCUCUGGAAACCAAGAAGCUUGCGCCACAUCCUCCAAACGGAUGGCACCAUCGAGGGUAUUCCAGUCCAGGCCAGGAGAAAGUCUCACAGAUGGAAUUUGACCCUGAUAAACUCGCCCAGCUACGCACGUCUGCACCAGAUUUCAAAGAGUCCUUCGAGCUGGGUCGAGCGACAGAUACCCACACCCCAAAUAUAUGGCCUCCGGACAGUGCCCUCCCCGGCUUUCAAUCCUAUAUGCUCGAUUUCUUCGCCACUUGUGACAUCGCCAAGCAGUCACUUCUGCGUGCCAUCGAGUUAGGUAUGGACCUACCGCAAGGCUUCUUCAGGGACUUCCACUCCAAGCAGGACAAUCAGCUGCGCUUGCUGCACUAUCCUAGCGUGGAAACCCGGUUGCUGAAAGACGAGAAGGUCGAACGUAUCGCGGCCCAUACCGACUUUGGCACUAUGACGAUGCUAUUCCAGGACGAUGUUGGUGGACUGGAGGUGGAGGAUGUGAAGAUCAGGGGCAAGUUCAAUCCAGCACCAUAUAUCAAGGGCACAAUAGUAGUGAACAUUGGAGACUUCCUGAUGAGGUGGAGCAAUGAUCAGCUGAAGAGCACGCUGCACAGGGUCAGAGCGCCUCCGCCGAUGCUUGGCAGUGAGGGUAUUGGUGAGUACACAAAGGAAAGGUAUUCUAUUCCAUACUUUGUGACGGCGGACAGAGAGAAGACCGUGGAUUGUCUUCCCGGCUGCUGGGGCGAAGACAGGCCGAAGAAGUACGAGCCGGUUUGCUCACGGGACUACAUCGAGAUGCGGCUGAACGCAACAUACUAG